AUGGAGAUUUAUAUCCUGGGGAUCAUUAUUGCAAUAUGCGGGAACUUUCUCAUCAGUAUCUCUUUGAAUAUUCAGAAAUAUACUCAUGUGAGACAGUCUCAGCGUGGCACAAAGCCCUACUACACCAGUUCGCUCUGGUGGUGUGGCAUUCUCCUCAUGGGCCUGGGGGAACUAGGGAACUUUGCUGCCUACGGUUUUGCCCCAGCCUCCCUCAUCGCUCCUCUGGGCUGCGUGUCUGUCAUUGCCAGUGCCAUCAUCUCUGUGGUGUUCCUUAAGGAGACAUUACGAGCAUCUGAUGUUAUUGGUGGUGCUCUUGCAAUCACGGGAACAUACCUCCUUGUGACCUUUGCUCCACAUUCCUCUCCUCACAUCACUGCCAAUAUGGUAGAGAGAUGUCUGGUCAACUGGCAGUUUCUCACGUACCUGCUAUCGGAGGUGAUCUUGUUUUGUAUCCUGCUUUAUCUCUACAAGUGCAGGAAUAUGAAGCAUAUUGUGAUUGUAAUGCUGUUGGUCGCACUGCUUGCCUCAGUGACGGUUAUUUCAGUUAAAGCAGUUUCUGGGAUGAUCACUGAGUCCAUCAUUGGCAGUCAACUCCAGUUUACCUACCCCAUCUUCUAUGUCAUGUUUGUGGUGAUGGUGGCUUCCUGUGCCUUCCAGAUCAAGUUUCUCAAUCAAGCCAUGAAAAUGUUUGAUGCUACGGAGGUGGUGCCUAUCAACUUUGUGUUCUUCACUGCCAGCGCAAUAGUGGCAGGAAUCCUAUUUUAUGAAGAAUUUUAUGGUUUAUCUCUGAUAAACAUCCUAAUGUUCAUCUUUGGCUGUCUUCUGUCUUUCACUGGAGUAUUUCUCAUAGCAAGAACAAGACCGAAAAUUAAGACUGAUCGCAUCUUCAUUUCCAUGGGCCAAAUUCCAGGGAAAAGAUGCACCGACAAGGUCCAACCAGACCCCACAGACAGCAAAUACGGUGCUCUGGCUGCUAAGCUAAUGUGUAACAGCGGGAUAGAACAGGAUGACUCGUAGGUAUCAGUCCACCUUCGGGCUGAUGUCCGUUCUGAACAGUGGAGCUGUGCACAGUGGCUUGACGGUGUUCAGAGCUUGAAGCUGGAAAGAAAAAGAAAGAGAAUGAGAUUGAAGAUGCCAAUUUGCUUGUUGUUUUUGACAGUACUAAUCAGAGGAUCUGGCCCUGAUCUAAGAGGAUGCUGAAAGUGAAGGGUUCUGACAAGUCCACUA